UCUAAAUUCAAGUGAAUUUUUCAGGGUUUCGAAACGUGUCCGAUCAAUUCUCAUGAAUAUAUCACAGACUUCGAAUGUACUGGUACGGAUAAAUACCUUAUUCAUGAAUCCAUGCUUUCGUUCUAUUCCGGUCAUUCUGCUUUCAGCUUUUAUGCGGCAUGGUAUACAGCGCUUUACUUGCAAGCUCGGUUAUAUCGACCAUUGUUUAGUCGCUUACUUUUACCGGUGAUCCAAUUUGCCUUAUUUGGUGGCGCUGCAUUUGUAGCUUAUACUCGGGUUAGCAAUUACAAGCAUCAUUGGUCGGAUGUGUUGGUUGGCUCAUUGUUCGGUUCUGCAAUUGGCAUCACUGUGGCAUUAUUUGUUGCGGAAGUAUUUUCACGUCGUGAGAUACCAUCGUGUGAUGCUCAUUAUUGCAAACGUGAAUUUGGCUUGACAACUGAAUUAGAACGAGCUGUUCCAUCAUCAGACGUGGAAACCGGAAUGACAAAUGUUAUACGAGCUGAUGGACCAGCUAAUCGUGCGCAGUUUGCCACUUCUCACAACAUUACUGUAACUGGAGUGACGGCACCAAAUGUGAAUGAAGUCGGAAAUAAUCAAAUGGCUCUGUUAUCUCGCCCAACAUCAGGGAACCAGAGAUUGUAAGCGCUUGUAAUGCUUCAUCGCCCAGCGGUAAUAAAUCUUUGUAAGUUCGCUGCAUUAAUUUUUCUCUCCG